ACAAUUGGAGGCAAUACACCUACGCAUUGUAGUGUGAGCUCACUGACGCGAGGCCUUGUAUGCCAGAGCGAUGUUCUCCGCACUUCCUCCCGAGGAACCCCUCACGAAACCAUUCAGCAUCGCUACCACAAUAGCCGGCGUUUGACAAAUCGGGAGCUUCGACGAACAUUUUCGAGUACAUCCGCGACGCGAAUUCGAUUGGAGGAUGACGAAAAUGAGGACCUUGAGCCACCAAAAAAUAGCAGGGCUUCGAAGAGGCCGGUGCGACGACCACCUCCGGGACCCCCGAAAGACUUGAGAACUAUCAUUUUGUCACGGGAACCGAAGCCUCGCAAACCCAAAUAUAUUGACCCGGAGAAGGUUCGCGAGAUUGAGGCAAAGGUCCAAAUGCUCCUGGAUCCACGUCAGCUAGUCAAUGAGUUUCUUGACUCAAGAUACAUUCAUCUUGAAGACCAAAUCGCGACAGCUCACUGUACCACUCAGAGAAUAUUUUGUUCUCAUAUCGAGGGGCUGAAGUCCCUAGUCCUCUGCAGCGAGGCAGAUUGCCAGCGGAUCGAACUUGAAUAUUGCAACUUCGUCUACCGCAAUACACCCCAGUGGACGGCAGCCAUCUCAGACAUCGAAAGGGCGGUUACCCGAUUGCGAUAUAAGUUCAUUACAGGGCGCAUAGAAUAUUCCCAGCUAUUCAUAUACCGCAUGAGAGAGCUACUUGAGCGAGAAUACUUGAGCCCUCGCCAGUCGGCAAGGGCCAAGAUUGACAGGCUUCUACAACCUACAGAAGAUAUGAGAGAAGAAUACAGGUCGCUGCAAUCAUUGGGACUGGCGGUCCUAACGGGAUUAAAUGCCAUCAAAUCGCUCAUUAUUCAACUGAAAGUUCUUGAUGAGCAGGGGCCUGAUCUCCCUGGUCCGGUUUUCCAGGACUUCCAAAUGGUUCUUGAGGCCCACAAACAAGACUUUGCCAUGGCCGCGCACAAACAUCGCGCCGACUGGUUCGCGAGGGUGCAGAAUACUACUCUUGUCGCGUCGCAGUUCUGGAGUGCCAAAAAGCUCACCACUAAUCUUCUUGAAAGUAUGCCUGAACGUAACCCACGCAAAACGUUAUCGCUUCUUUUCAGAGGGGGGUUAUUGCAAGGCGAUGACGAAGCUGUAAGAGAGUCAGCAAGAGUUUUUCUGUCUUUUCAUAGGGACCAAAACCUAGUCGCCAAUCGCCUGCGAAAGUCAUACACGAAGAAAUGGAGUGGGGUGAAGCCUGCCAAUAGCCCCGAGCUAAACAAGGUCUGGCGACAGCUUGAUGUGAUGGCUUUAUUUGAAACCCAACAGGCCUUGGACAUGUCAUUGCAGUAUGAGGUAUGGAUAUUGAUGAAAUCCCUUGAAGGAAAGUUCGGACCAAUGUGGCCUGGUCUUGACUCCGACGCGAGCCGUGAGAUCCAGAAGAACCUACACGAGUUCAGCGUGAAAUUCAAUCGGUCUAGAAAGCGGUUCGCGGCAGAACUUGAGAUGUAUCGACUGGCCAAUUGGGCUCGACUCAACGUUGAAGAGAAGCUGCACAAGCUCGGGGAGCCAAACGAUAUUCAAGAACGAGGUCUGUUCAGGGUGUUAAAGCCGCUCAGUCAGGAUCACUCACGCUUCAACCACUGGGCAAACCACUUUGUUGCUGUUUCUUUCAAAAAUUGGAAUUUGAAUAGGCUUCUUAAGUUCAGCAUGGAAGAAAGCGAAGAAAAUGUGCAUAAUCACUAUGUUCGCUUGGCAGAGGACCACCUUGAACAAAUGAGCAGACCUUCCAGCUUUGUGCCAGAAAUCGGCACCACGGAAACCAGAGAGAGUCGGCCCCAGCGAAACACGAAAGUUAAGCGUCCUUUAUUUCCAAUGCUGAAAAGAAUGGGUCUCAACGAGGCAUCGAUCGCACCGGAGGCGCCAUCCCUUCCAUCAAAAGAUGCUGCAAAAAGUACAUCAUCCUCACCACCUCAAGCCCUGACUACUACUGGCCCAAAUGCCUCUCCAAGGGACUCUCCGCCAAGGCCCGAACAGGAACACACCGUGCAGCACCUCAAAAUCCGGCCCUUGAUUGAGAAAUCGUCCAAGAUGCCAAUUGAGAACUCCGCAGAAAUCUUUGAUCAGAACCCUAGACAGACUCACAAUGAACAAAGCGCGCGGCAACAUGAACGACAGCGCGACGUCAAGCAAUCGGCCAAGGAUUUGAGUGAUAAAAGGCUUCCAAGGCCCCUGAAACCCCCAAAGGCACAGCAACACAAGUCUCGCUCAAUGCCAAGGCCGAAAUCAAGCCAGGAAUUGCCCGUCGAGGCAGCGACUGCUGCAUCCAAGCCUGCUGGCCCCAAGGAAAAGAAUAAUACUUCGCCUGCUGCAUCCAGAUCAAAGCCUCUAGUCCGGUCUUCGAGCGUAUGGGGCUUUUUCGCCCGUUCUGGAGGCUCGGCCGACGUCAGCCGAGAAUCCAUAUCAAGAGCGAAGUCUAACCGAUCUGUGCGACAGCUGCCUACUAAAGAAGUGACUCCUACAUCAAAAGCCGCUAGCUCCACGGAAAAGAAUGCUGUGGCAUCAACUGCACUCAAAGACAAGUCUAGGCGACUUAUAAAAAGGCCUCACUUAACCAAGCGGCAACGACAACCGGCCCUUGGUCCCUCGCGAAGCCCUUACCGUGUUCGCGAUGUUCAACGUAAACUCGACUUGGACUUCUUGAGCGGGCAGUCAGCUGGCAUCAGGCCAUACAGCACCAGAGCAUAUUUUUCUGAGGCCAAGGCCAAUGACAGCAGCGUUGCAUGCAUAGAUGAACAGUCUUUGCCUCUUGGUGGUCCAUCACCUGGAGAAAGCGCAGUCGGCCGGGAAGAAACCGUCAAGGAUGGGGGACCUCCGCUAUUCUGGACCCAUAGUUCGCAACGUGGCCCUGGCGGACAGAAGUUAAUUGUGCAUUACUGCCGGACUCUGGAAAGCACGGAAGAAGUAGCCCGGCUGUUCCUCGGUAGCAAAGUCAUUGGUUUCGAUAUGGAAUGGAAGGCACAAGCGUCUGCGUGGGACAGUAUACAAAGCAACUUGUCUCUCAUCCAAGUCGCAAACGAGGAGCGCAUUGCCCUGUUCCAGAUCGCACUUUUCAAGCCAGGCCAAACCCUGAAGGACCUCGUGGCGCCGUCUCUUAAGCAACUGCUUGAAUCGCCCGAUAUCACCAAGGUCGGCGUAUCUAUCAAGGCCGAUGCGACUCGUCUGCGCAAAUAUCUUGGCGUUGAGGCUAGGUCUAUCUUUGAGCUUAGUCACUUGUUCAAAUUGGUGAAGUAUGGUCUGACUCAGCCGAAGCUUGUCAAUAAGAGAGGUGUGAAUCUUAGUGACCAGGCUGAAGAGCAUCUUGGAUUGCCUCUUGAGAAAAGCGAAGAUGUGAGAUGUGGCGAUUGGACUCGUCCUUUGAACUAUCGUCAAGUUCAAUAUGCUGCUACUGAUCCGUAUGCUUGUAUGUGUUUGUUCAAUGUUAUGGACCAGAAAAGACAAGCUAUGGACUCUGUCCCGCCUCUUCCCGCUCAUGCGGAACUCAACCUGCCUAUCGUUCUUCCUCCUCGAGAAAAGGAGCCAAUAGCUUCUAGUCCAGCGGAUGAUUCUGGGGACAUUGAUGUUCGUUCUUAG